AUGAACUACCUGAAGAUGGCCCGUACACUUCGGACGCGGAGGAGGAGCCCCCAGGGCCGCUGCCUGAUGAUGAGCCGCAACUGCCGCAAGACCAUUAUCUGUUACUGCGGUUUAUAUUUGCUAGCUUAUGCCGGUGAUAUUGACGUGUGCAUGACGUUCUUGGGUCCGACAGAUGUUUCAGUGUCUUCAGCCGGCGAGUACGGAGUUAGCACGGCGCCUCUGUCCUCGCGCGCCAAGGAACAGCUCGCGCUGGCGUGCUCCGUGAGGCUCGAGCGCCUCCGCCACUCCCCGCGCGCGAGUCAGCCGUGUCCCGUGACGUCACACCGCGAGCCGAGCCCCGCCAGCAGUGUGCAGGACGUGACGUCACACCGCGGGCCGAGCCCCGCCAGCAGUGUGCAGGACGUGACGUCACACCGCGGGCCGAGCCCCGCCAGCAGUGUGCAGGACGUGACGUCACACCGCGGGCCGAGCCCCGCCAGCAGUGUGCAGGACGUGACGUCACACCGCGGGCCGAGCCCCGCCAGCAGUGUGCAGGACGUGACGUCACACCGCGGGCCGAGCCCCGCCAGCAGUGUGCAGGACGUGACGUCACAUCGCGAGCCGAGCCCCGCCAGCAGUGUGCAGGACGAGCACGGUGACACCACCGACGAGGAACAAACCUACACGUCCGACGACAAAACUAAACACGCCGAGUGGGCUAGAAAGUCUCUCCACGGCAGACAUCAUCAAGACUUAUGCCAACCUAAUGUCGACAAGGAGGCGUCGAACGCGUGGCUGAGUCGUGGCGAGCUGUUCCCGGAGACUGAAGGCUUCAUGAUGGCGAUACAAGACCAAGUAAUAGAGACAAGAAACUACCAACGACACAUAACAAAGACUCUCAACAACGAUAGAUAUGUAGAAUCAUCGAUUAAAUCAGAUACUAUUAAUGAUGACGAAGUGGGAGAUGAGCAGGUGCUUGCUGUGUCAUCCGCAGCUGUUGUGGUCCCGUUUGCGCCGCGUGAGGCGCCCGUGCAGGCGAGUGCCGUGACGUCACACCACGAGCCGACGCCAGCGAGGAGAGUGACGUUGCCUGAUGCCACCCGCCCACAAGCCCACACACACCACUCUAGCUUACUCCGACAAAUCAAUAACCAGCACACAGACACUAAAGCAAUGUAUUCAUGCAACAUCAAAAUAAAUAACCAACACACCGACACUAAAGCAAUGUAUUCGUGCAACAUCUGUUCACAAAAGUUCUCAAACAAAACUCUGUUCAACCGACAUGUACACACUCACAUGGAACUAGAAACAUACAUUUGUGAUAUGUGUAAUAUGAAAUUCAGGUUGAAAGCAGUUUUAAAGAGACAUAUUUUUAAGUUACACAUGAAGAUAAAACGCGUGUGCAAAGUUUGUAACAAAAUUGUUGACAAAAUGUACUUAGAGAAACAUCAAAGACUUCACACUGGUGAGAAACCAUACAAAUGUAAGGUAUGUGACAAGAAAUUUGCACUUGUUGAAUAUUUACGUUCACACGAAAGAGUUCACACUGAUGAAAAACGAUACAAGUGUGAAAAAUGUAACAAACAAUUCAGAGAUAGAAGUUCGUUAAACAAACACAAAAAAAUUCACACCGGGGACAAAAGAUUUAGCUGUGAUCAAUGCGGCAAACGUUUUAUACAAAACGGCAGUUUAACUAUACACAAAAGAGUGCACACGGGUGGGAAAUUAUAUAAGUGUGACGAAUGUGAUGAAUUAUUUAGAUCUACGAACACUUUACAAAACCAUAAGAAAAUUCAUGCUCGAGGUGAUAUGUACAGUUGUAACGUUUGCGACGAGAAAUUUCCACUAAAAAAACUUUUAGAUAAACAUAAACACAAGCACAUCGGAGAAAAAGCGUUCCGGUGCAAAGAAUGUAACAAGAGGUUUAAGAUAAAAAGUCAUUUAGAUUUCCAUAAAAUAACGCACAAUGGAGACAGACAAUACAUCUGUGACAAGUGUGGUAAGCAAUUUAAACGACAAGGUAAUUUAGAUCAACAUAAAAAAAAUCACGCAGAAAAAUCUCACAGUUGUAAUAAAUGUAACAAGCAAUUCACACACAAACACCAGUUGGAUGCUCAUGAGAGAACUCACACUAAAGAAAAACCAUAUAUUUGUGAAAAAUGUGGCGCGCGAUUCGCGCAAAAUUAUAUCCUACAGAAACAUAAACAAACUCAUCUUGAAAAGGUACCCGGUAACUGAGUGACUGAGGAAAUUAACUAAAGGAAUUAAUAGUAAACA